AUGUCGAAGAAGCAUCCAUCUGGUGGAAAUCCUGGUCCCACUAGUGUAGGAGGUGUUUUUCGAGAUCAUAAUAGCAUCUUCCACUACGAAUUUUCAAUUGGAAUUGGUGUUGCGCAUAAAGUUGUGGUGAAACUAGAAUUACAUGAUGACAGAGCCAAGCAAAAGGCCUUGAAAGCCAUCUCUACCCUUACAGGAAUCGAUUCCAUCGCCGUGGAUAUGGAGAAGCAGCUAAUUACAGUGAUUGGAGAUGUGGAUCUUAUAGACGUUGUGGGCAAAUUACGGAAGCUUUCGCACACGGAUAUGGUCUUUGUUGGACCAUCGAAAGAGCCUGAGAAGAAGGAAGAAGCCAAGAAACCAGAAGAGAAGGUCAUCGAAUUACCCAAGGCAUAUGAGGCUUAUUAUAAUCCCUAUAGGACACACUACUAUGCCCAGCCUAUUUAUGGUGCAGAAGAGAACCCCAACGCUUGUGUCAUCUGUUAA